AUGGCAGACGUGACUAGGGCUCCACGCACGAAGGACUUUGGAUCUACAUCCAUCCAAUGCCUGAUGUUGUCAUUGACAAACUACACAGUUUGGUCGAUGAGGAUGAAGGUUCUACUUCGUGUUCAUGAAGUGUGGGACACGAUCGAACCCGGUUCAGAUGAUCAAAAGAAGAACGAUGUUGCGAUAGCUCUUUUGUUUCAAUCUGUUCCAGAGACUUUGAUUCUCCAGGUGGGAGAACAAACCGCAUCAAAAGAGAUCUGGAACGCCAUCAAGUCGCGACACCUAGGAGCUGAUCGUGUAAGGGAUGCGAGACUUCAGACAUUGAUGACGGAGUUUGAUAGGUUGAAGAUGGAUGAUUCAGAUACGGUCGAUGACUUCGCAGGGAAGAUAUCAGGCCUAUCAUCCAAAGAAACCUCUUUGGGAGAAAACAUAGAAGAAUCCAAGAUGGUCAAGAAGUUCUUGAAGGGUCUUCCGAGACACAAGUAUAUCCAGAUCGUAGCAUCACUUGAGCAAGUCCUAGAUCUCAACUCGACAGGGUUUGAAGACAUAGUUGGAAGGCUUAAGGCGUACGAGGAGCGUGUAGGAGAAGAAACUCAGAAAGAAGACCAAGGGAAGCUGAUGUUUUCGAACAAUGAAGAGCAUAGUCAGAGGGGCUAUGAGAAUUCCCGUGGUAGAGGAAGAGGAAGGAACGGUAGAGGCAGAGGUCGAGAAUGUGACAAGCCUGGUCACUACGCAACUGUAUGUCCCGAGAAGACAGAGACGAAUCAAGAAACCAACCUAAAUGAGACAGAAGAGGAUGAUGCACUGUAUGUACACGAGGUGGUGUUUUUGAACGAAGAUAAGGUGAUUCCAAAGAAUCUUGAUAUCGACAAAGGCAAUGCAAGUGUCUGGUAUUUGGAUAAUGGAGCGAGCAAUCACAUGACAGGGAACAAUGAGUUCUUUUCGAGUUUGAAUCUCAAGACCAAAGGGAAGGUGAAGUUUGGUGAUGGAUCGUGUGUUGACAUUGCAGGAAAGGGUGUUGUUACCUUUGUGUGCAAGACUGGAGAGAAGAAGGCACUCAAAGACAUAUACUACAUACCUGAUCUGAAGCACAAUAUAUUGAGUCUUGGGCAAGAAACAGAGAGCGGAUGUGAGGUUAACAUGAAAGAUGUCUACUUAACGCUCACAGAUUCGCAUGAAGGUUGCUAG